AAUUAUUUAGUUUGUCUUGUGUCGUCCGGUAGUAGGUUGUUUGUUGAUAAUCGUUUCUUAUUGGAAAUAGUAUUAUCUCGCGGGUAUUAUGUAGAUUUUUCUUCGUCUGUUUAUACGAUCUUAUAUCAUUUAACAACAUUAUCAUGUCGACAGUUCUUUUAGCUGUUAUAGCAGUUAUACUGUGUGUGCUUUUCCGAAUACUAAAUGUUAACAGUCAGCCACAGAAACCAGUCAUCUAUGGAAGGGAUAGAAGCUUUAUUGAAAAUAUACUAUUUAUUUCCCCAUUUCUAAACGACCCUUACAUUCCAACUCGACUAUGGGGAUUCAGCGGCCAUGUGCAGACUAUCCUUCACAGUUUGAUUGGCCGUGUCCGAUGUCCAUGGCCAAUAGGGGGCAGAGUCUCUCUAGUUCUGCCUGAUAGGUCAACACUGACCUACGAUUUAUACGAACCUGUCGGAUCUGAACAUGAAGAUGAUGUGACGGUGGCAAUCUGUCCUGGUAUAGGCAACACAUCUGAGAGUGUGUACAUACGUACAUACGUGCACUAUUCGCAGUGUCACGGCUAUAGAUGCGCGGUGCUGAACCACAUCGGAGCUUUAAACAGCGUGCCAGUAACUGGAUCUAGAAUAUUCUCGUAUGGUCAUACAGACGACUACAAUUAUAUGAUUGAGAGUAUACUGGAGAGAUAUCCUCAAACAAAAAUAAUACUCGUCGGAUUCAGCCUUGGCGGUAAUUUGGUUACGAAAUACUUAGGUGAAGACAGGAAGAGGCCUUCCAACAUAAUAGGAGGCAUUUCAAUAUGUCAGGGAUAUAAUGCUAUAGAUACAAUGGUUUACCUAUUACAAUGGCAGAAUUUCCGUCGUUUCUACCUCUAUAUAAUGACGGACAACUACCGUAAUAUAAUAACACGUCAUAAGAGGAUGCUGUUGAGUCCUGAAAUGAAGAGUAGACAUUCUCUGGACGAGAAAAUGAUCGUGUCAGCAGGUACACUACCAGAUCUCGACGAGGCUUACUCAAGAAGAAUACAUGGAUUUGAUACUGUAGCGGACCUUUAUAAAUGGAGUUCGAGCGCAUUCUACUUAGAUAAAAUAAAAACGCCAAUGAUAUUUAUAAACGCUCGUGAUGACCCAAUUGUUCCUGAACCUCUAUUACCCAUUAUAAGAGAAUUUGUCAGUUCACAUGACAAAGCAAUGUACUUGGAACUGGCGCACGGCGGUCAUUUGGGAUUCUAUGAGGGUGGUUUGAUAUAUGCCAACCCAGUGAACUGGCUGGACCGCGCUUUAGUCGGCCUCACAGGAGGUAUGUUGAUGGCACAUAACAAAUGUUCACCAAAGGAUGCAGCAAUGGUGAGCGACUGUACCGUUUCCGAUGACGAGCCUGAUCUCAUCAAGUCUGCAACUAUAGUGUACCGGGAUCCUCUAGAAAAACUUCAACAGGCCUACUAAUUUGUUAAGCUCUAAUAUAUUUCCCAAAGGGUUUUAUCUACCCCAAAGAUGAAGAAUUUAUAAUGGUCAAGCUGAUGGUGUGCAUAAUGUGCAUAAAAAAUUGGCAAAUCGAAUUAUGUAAUAUAAACUGUGGCUGAUUCUGAAGAGUUGUUUAAAUUUGUACUCAAAAUUUUAAUUUGUUUCUACAGCGACAUUAUAUGUUUACAUAUUACGAAGUUUAUAAUAAUAGAUUUUAAUAAAAACUACUUACUUUAAAAUUCAGUUUAAUUCAUAAGAGAAUAAUGUAAAUAAACUGAUACUUCAGAUUCGGUCAUAUCUAUUAAAAAAAAUUUUAAUCAGACAUAUUUAUUUCCUUGUCAUUAUGUAUACAAUAUAAUAUUUAUACGAACUUAAUUGAAAGACUAAAUUGGCCAAAAUUUGUCAUAUUGCAGCGUAACAAAUGCACAUUUUGCACACUAUCUGCAUUAUUUUUGUACGUUGUAGGUUCGUGUUGUCUAUUUCGUAAGAAAUAGCCGAUUAUAUAUAGUUUGCUUUUUAAAUAUAAUAUCAUAGAAUGUAUAAUCUUAAAACGGCACUACAAAACCAGUGAUAAGAUCAUGAUAGUUUCAUCCUGUCAUAAAUAUUUAAUAUAAUAGUUACCAGUUUAAAAGUAGAAAAUACAGAGACACAGAGAAACUGAAUGCAGACUUUUGUACACAUUUUGUUUGUUUAUUAUGUACAAUAAAUAGCACAAAAGCUUCGACAAAUUUUAUACGUUCCUAUAUUACAUUUUGUUGCGAUGAUGCGAGUUUGAGUUGAUUUCAAACGUUUUGUGAUAUUUCGAGAAAGAUAUUGAUGUUAUAUUUGAUAAAAAAAAAUUCACAUGAAUACAUUUUGUGUUAUUCAUAUGAAAAUAAUUUUGUAUUGUGCUGUGCUACCAAUAGGGCUAUAGUUGUUGCUAGGCUUAUGAAGUGUUGCAUAUGAAUGGCAGUAAUAGCUAUUUGUCGGUGCAUAUUACUUAAUAUAUUCCAUUAGAUUUGGUAUUCAAAAUACCAAUAAGUGUUUUACAAUAAUAUUAUCGAAAUGUGUAACGCUUCGAUGUUGUUAUGCACAAACUUUUUUAUUAACAAAAAUUAAUAAUGCGGCAGGCCGUUCGAAAUAAAACGAGAUAUAUAAAUACAUGCACUAACGGCGUGCUUUUAACUGUGUCGAAACCACAAAGUAUAGAAACUUUGCUCAGAGAUAUUCUUACCAUUUUUUUUUUGGAAUUAUACAUUUGUGAAAAACUAUUAUAUAAAAUUUUAUAAAUUUUGCUGUCGGAUUAAAUAUUCCAGGUUAGACAGGGUAAUAGACAUCUAACUGCCACAAAGCCACGUUGGCAACUAGUGUCCAUUUCCAGUAAGUGUUCGUUUAUGCAAACUAACUCGGAAGGAAUUGAUUUUGAUCGCGUUUAAAAUAGAUUCAUAUUUUUACAUCUCACUUAUUUGUUAUAUAAGAAUAAUAGAUAGCCGACUUCAAAGAAGUAAAUAUAAAAAUAAACCUUAGCUCUCCUCUCCGAUCCGGUGUGUGAACUGAGAGUACUACGAUUGCAUGAUAGCAAAGCAGCGUAAUUAAAACCCUUGUUCCGAGUCUCUGGACACUGACAUUGGUUUUUUAUUAUUUUAAUUAAAAUAAUAUCUAUUUUUGAAUUACUUAAAGUAAAUGCUCGAUGUCUGGCAAACUUGUCAAAAUAAGUUAUGGAUCUGCAGAUAAGAGUUAAGAUCCAAACGAUCGCGUUCUUGAAAUUUUAGUGUUCGUAGUUAGCUAGCUUGAUAUAAACGAAUUAUUUGUGUAUUUGUAAAUACGUAAACCCACAGUAUUAAACUUCAUACACAUACUAAUCGAUUGACGUAAAUAAUUUAUUACUCGUAUUUUUUAUUUUAUCAAAACAUUCGAAACAUUCUGCUAAUAUAAAAUGACCGAAACAGGGCAUCUCACCUUUGUAAAAUAAGUCAGUUUAUUUUUUGUAAUGUUAUGUAAUGCAUAUCGACAUUUUGUAUUUGGUAGAAACAUUUCUUACAAGCAUUUUUAACUUUUUUAACAUUUUUAACUUAACAUAGAAAAGUUGGAAUAGAAACCGUUAAAUUUGUAAAAGUAUUGUGGAGUUUAUUUCCCUUUCCUUCUUCUAGAAUUCGAUGCAUUUACCAUUUUAUUCCAUAUUUACCAUUUUUAAUUCUUAAUAUUGUGUUAUUUGGGGCCAUUAUUUGACAUUUACGAUGAGUGUGUGUAUGCAUAAAAUAUAAUGUCCAAGUAACGAAUUGAAAGGAAUAACAAAAAACAAACUGUAUGAUGUAUUGACGUACUUAUUUUGUAGUAUGUAGGUUUAUAUAUGGUGCUUGAUUCAUAGCAAAUUUUUUAUAAGUAAUAUUUAUAUAAAUUAUUUAUUAUUACUGUAAUAUUAUUGGAUAUAACAACUAUUUUAUUUAAAUGAUAAUUUAGUGAUUAUGAGUAAUAAGUUUUUAUAAGACUAACUUAGUUUAUUUCUAUUUUAGUUAUUGCUAUUUUGUUUAAUCGUUAUUACGAUUGAUCAAUCUUAUUAAAUAGAUAUCGGUGCGGCGAUGCAUACUACGGCGGUGUGUAGAUGUGCACUUUUUAUACUAGAUAGGUUAAUUACGGUGCAAGCUAACCGUCGUUUAUAGACAUGACGGCACGGCAUUCUACGAUACCACCCACCGAUGAAAACGCUAGUCGUCGAGUCCUCCGUGCAAGACUCACUAAACUAAGUUAGGUUUCGCAUAAUGCUCAUACUUUAAUCAUUCAAAUGUGCACGAAUAAUAUAGUUGUUAUAUUCUUUACAGUUUUGUCUCAAAGACAAAAUUGUUUAUUGUGAAUUUUAAAGUACAAGUCAUCGAAACAGGCACAAAUGUUAAAAAUAAUGUACCAAAUUAUACUUAUAGUGUAAUGUAAAGGGUAUACAAAUCCAAAGUUCACAAAUAGCAUACAUGAAACUUAAUAUUCUUCAAAAAAAAGUUGUUUGGUUUCAUGUGUAUCUAUUAUUGCUGGAAUUUUGUUUUUUUAUCCUUUUCUUUACACUUUGUAUAAAUCUUAAUAUUUUAUUUUAAUGGUAAAACCAAAAUUAAUUUGUAUUUAUAUAAAUGCUCUAUAAAAAAAAAUACUUACUUGCCUAAUAAAUAUGAAUGUUCAAAUAAUACACAA